CACGAAUUAACUACAGCAAGUUGCAAGUUUUUUGCUUAUUUGUUAUACUCUGUACUUACUAAAUUUUUUUUAGGUGGCAAUUUGGUGCACGAUUUUCGUGGCGCUGCCAAUGAUUAUAUACUCUCCGAAUUGGAGCGCCGCAAAUCAGAACUAAAGACACAGCUGGUGUGGAUUGGCGCACAGAAGGAGCCCGGCAUUACUUCGCGCACCUGGAAAUGGGUUAACGGCGAACUGGUGCAGAAACCGGCCUGGGGCAAAGAUCAACCGAACAACUAUAAUGGCGAGCAAAAUUGUGUGGUGUUGGAUGGCGGCCGCAACUGGUUGUGGAAUGAUGUGGGCUGCAAUUUGGACUACCUGCAUUUUAUUUGCCAGCAUUCGCCGCUUUCGUGUGGUUCGCCGGACUCGCAGCAGAACACCACAAUUGUAGGCCGAAAUUAUACGCUGGGCAAUAAAAUCACGUACGUUUGUCCAAAGGGCCACUCGCUAAUCGGCGAUGCGGAGCGCACUUGCCGCGCAUGGAUUUGGAGCGGAAGGGCGCCCACAUGUAAAUAUGUCGAUUGCGGUCCGCUGCCGGAACUGGAGCAUGGCGCCAUUCUACUUUCGGAGCAACGCACCAGCUAUGGCGUACAGGCGACCUACACUUGUCACGAGAAUUACACGCUCAUUGGCAAUGAGAAUCGCACUUGUGCGCUGACUGGUUGGACGGGCAAGCAGCCGGAAUGUCUGGUCGAUUGGUGUCCUGAGCCGCCACGCAUCGGGGGCAGCGUAAGUGUGACGGAACGCGCCGGCUCAACGGCCACAUAUGAGUGCGAGGCCGGUUAUGUGUUGGUGGGCGAACCGAUAAUUUCCUGCGGUCUUGGCGGUGAAUGGUCCAGUAAGCCACCAUCAUGUCGCUUCGUCGAUUGUGGCGCACCAGCGCGUCCCGAUCGUGGUCAUGCAGUGCUGGUGAAUGCCUCCACUACUGUUGGUUCGAUGGUGAAAUAUGAAUGCGAAGAUGAUUAUUGGUUGGAUGGUCCAUCGGAGUUAUACUGCACCAAGGAGGGUAAAUGGUCUGGUGAUGCGCCAGUAUGUGAGCUGGUCGCUUGAACGCCCCAUGUGCCUGCCGGUUCAUUUGUUGUUGGCUAUGAUUACAAUGUGCACUCAAAGAUUCAGUACAACUGCGAUCCGGAUGUGCUGCGCGGCAAUCCUACGCUGGAAUGUUUGGACACUGGCGAGUGGAGCACAGAUGCACCGUUCUGCGAAUAUAUCGACUGUGGUGUUAUCACCCCGAUACCAUACGGCUCCAUAAGAUAUAUCCAAAAUACCAUCGUGGGUUCGGAGGUAACAUUCAGUUGCGCUCCGUCCCACAAGCUGAAUGGUGUCGCCAAGCGUGUUUGCCUAGAAUCAGGUGGUUGGAGCGAUGCGCCGAAAUGUGAAGAAAUCCGUUGCUCAGAACCUGUACUGGCGGCGCACAGUUUGCUUUCCGUCACAGGAAAUGACCGCAUGUACGCGACGCUGAUACGUACAGCCGACUCGACACAGAAUAGCGCACAGACUUAUAAGGUUGGCGCCUUGGCUAAAUAUCGCUGCGAACGCGGUUAUAAGAUGGUCGGCGAGGCUCUUGUGACUUGUGAAGACAAUGGGCAAUGGAGUGGUGCAGUUCCGGAAUGCGUAUAUGUCGAAUGCGGUAUUCCAGCUAAUAUUACGAACGGCAAAGUCACCCUAGCAACAAAUGUGACUUACUAUGGUGCAGCGGCAUUGUACGAAUGUAAUGCUAAUUUCAAAUUGGAUGGAGUGUCACGUCGCUUGUGUGCCGAAGAUGGCACCUGGAGCCACGAAAAACCAGCUUGCAUAGAAAUCACAUGCGAUGAGCCAGAUAUUAGUGAAAAUCUUAUAGUCGACGCAGGCGAGCACUCUGUGGGUGCGCUAGCGAAAUUCAAAUGCGCUAAGGGACGAACACUGAUUGGCAAUGAUACGCGAGUAUGUCAAAAGAAUGGCAAAUGGACGGGAAAAAGUCCCAGCUGCAAACCUGUUGACUGCGGACGUCCGCCGAUGAUCGAGAAUGGCCGCGUGAUUAUCGUGAAUGAGUCUACCUUAUAUGGCGGCUCUGCUGAGUAUCAUUGCAUACCAAGCUACAACCGCAUCGGACAAUAUCUGCGUAAGUGUACCGAAGAUGGCAGUUGGAGUGGCGAAGAACCGCGCUGUGAGGUCGCAGCCACAGAGGCGCAGGAGAGCUCCAGUUUGGGUACUGGCAUAGCGAUCGGUGCAACCGUUAUCAUUGUGCUGCUCUUCAUCAUUGGUCUGAUAUUCUUGCACCGCAACAAGGCGCGUCCGGUUAAGAAUACCGAAAAUGUACAAGCGGCCGAGACCAAAGAUGAGCGUAACGCAGCUGUGAUGUCCUACUCCACCUUGGAAGCGAAUAAUCGCAUGAAUUUGGACAAUGGGCCACCAGCGACAUUCAAUACAUUUCAAGUGAACGGAAGAGGUGGGGCGAAUGGUAAUGCGGCGUCCAUUGGACGGAAGCCAGAGAACAUUUACGACCAAAUACCUAGCGAACAAUUCUACGAUGCGCCAUACGAGAUGCGCACCAACGAAGAGGUCUACGAACCUGAACCGACGGCCGGAAAUGUCAUCACCAUAAAUGGCAUAUCUGUGCGAUGAGCAGCACGCGGAACCGAAGUCAGACAGUUGUUGUGGAUAUUUUCAUAAAAAUUUGCAUUAAUUAAGUGCUAAAUUCAUAGUGAGCAUAGUGAUGUGUAAUCAGCUUUUAAAGCUAUUUAAAUAUUAAAUUUUUGGGUUUUGUUUUGGAUUUCAGUAUGCGCUCCUACAUGCAUACAUACAUAUGUUGAACAGUUAUUGAAAAGUAUACAUGUGUAAAUAAUUUGCCAUGCUGUAGUCCAUAUGUAUACGUUCAUUCAUAUGUGAGAUGUGUGGACUGAUUAUCUUAGAUACCAGCUUAUGUGGAAGAAAUUAAUCAAAAUCAUAUUUCUGAUUUUUAUAUGAGCACUAGCAUUGGUCUAGAGUUUUGGUUAUGAAAACUGAUAUGCUACGAAAAUUCCAACUAAGGGAAUGCACUUAGGUACCUAUUAAACCAUAAACGCAUGUAUAUGUAGCCACUUUAUAAUACAUAUACAUAAACAUCCAUAUAAUCCUAUAAAUAUACAAACACACAUACAUAUAUGCAUAUAUAUGUACCUAUGUAUGUUAAUAGAGUAGACAUAAAAUUGUAGAUUUUGUAAAUUUUUCUUAAGUAAUAAGCUAAAAUAUACCAUAUAUUGAGUAUAAGUUGCCUUGUAAAUAUUACGUGAUCUGUUUAAUUUAAUGUUAACAAAAUAUUUAUUAAUGGUCUGUGUCGAACUAUCAAACAAUAAAAUGAAAUAUACGAUUAAUAAAGCAAUACAGAUUAUAAACUAAAUUCA